AAAAAGAAAUCCAGCUUGCUCAUGCGCCAGGCCCGUCGUCAGUUGCCAAGUUGCCUCCGACAAGACGACGAUGAGCCAAAGCAGCAGCAAGCCGCCAAGCUUUACGUGGGCCGAGGUCGUCUGGUACAACGUCAUCACGCUCGCCGUGUGGCACGCCAUGGCACUCUACGCGCUCCUCUUUGUGCUGCCGCAGGCGUCCGUUGCCGAGAUCGCGACGCUCUGGGGCGGCCUCUGGUUCAUCUCGGGCCUUGGCAUCACCGCCGGCGCGCACCGUCUCUGGGCGCACCGCGCGUACAAAGCGCGCCUCCCGCUGCGCGUCUUCCUCAUGCUGGCCAACUCGAUGGCGUUCCAGGGCUCGAUUUUCGAGUGGGCGCGCGACCACCGCGUGCAUCACAAGGGCUCGGACACGACCGCCGACCCGCACAACUCGAAGCGCGGCUUCUUCUUUGCCCACAUGGGCUGGGUCAUGGUGCGCAAGCACCCGGACGUCUUCAAGGAAGGCAAGAAAAUGUCGUACGACGAUCUCGAUGCCGACGUCGUCGUCGCGGCGCAGAAGAAGCACUACCUUCUCUCGGUUCUGCUCAUGUGCUACGUUUCGCCCUCGGUCCUUGGCCACCUCGCGUUCGGCUCGGCCUCGACCGGGUUCUGGAUCGGCGGUAUCUUCCGCCAUGUAUGGGUGCUGCACAUGACGUGGUGCGUCAACUCGGUGGCCCACUUUUUUGGCUACAAGCCGUACGACCGCAACAUCCGCCCGGUCGAGAACCUCCUCGUGAGCAUUGGUGCGAUCGGCGAAGGCUGGCACAACUUCCACCACAAGUUCCCGUCCGACUAUGCGACCGGCGAAAUGGGCAUCCUCCAGCAGUGGAACCCGACGAAAGCGUUCAUUGACCUCAUGGCGCUUGUCGGACAGGCGUACGACCUCAAGCGGUCGCGCACGUCGACGUCGACGCGGGAGCGCGUCGCGGCUGCUGUCGAAGCCGAAGCCGCGAAAGGCAUUGCGCCGCCGCCGAGCACGUGGGACCAGUUCACGAGCUGGCUCUUCUUUGGCCGCACCGAAGACCAAGCGCUCUUCUAAGCCACUCGACCUUCUUCUUCUUCGUAAUCAACUCGUGCGUGUGAAUAAUAACAAUACUACUACCUUCUCCGAG